AUGCCCACCUAUACAUUUGGCGAGCAUGAUGGCAGUGUUCGCGAAGUAUCUACUCAUCCCACCAAUCCCAAUCUAUGUCUUACAUGCAAUGAUGAUGGCCAAGUGUUCUUGAUUGACUUGCGCCUGCCAAGCCCCCAACUGGCUGGAGCAGGCUAUAUGCUUGACCAAGUAGCCUCGUCACCGUGGAAUCCCAAUCCCAGCGAUGGCAACACAUUUGCCAUUGCUUCCGGUCGGGAUCAUCGAGCAAGUGUGGCGCUAUACGAUGUGCGCACCGCGUUUCACAGCUCUCUUGCACCUAUCGACAAAGCACAAGCGUUGGUUCGAUAUGCAUCACAAGUCGUAUGUCGUUUCGAGGGACAUACUAUAUCUGCGAGUCCUGAUACUACUGGCGCUCAAUUUGAUCCUAGUGGUCGCUUCAUUGUGGCUGAAAUGUCACUCAGUCAGCCUGUCCUCUAUGCAACUGACGACUCGAUGCCACUAGCUACGAUGUCGUCUCGUCUCUGGCACCCUUCUCCACCCAUAUCCGACGAUGCUGGCGCUGGCUACCGCAAUAGCUGUACUAUCAAGCGUGGUUCAUUUGGGUUCGAGUCGCUAGCGGGCCAGCUAUACUUUGUCGCUGGAUCAGACGACUUCCGUGCGUAUGGAUGGGAGGUGCCUGGCAUGGAGGCGCUGCGGGAGCAGCGUACCGAACUGUCCGCACUCGACUGGGCUGCUCAUACGUCCGAAAAUACAGUAUGGUUCCGUGGCCUCGAACAUGGGGCUAUGGUUCUUCCCUGUGAUUUAUCUUCGCCUGCUUUUACCCUGGAAGGCUCUCAGUCGAUUGUAAAUUCCGCAUUAUGCCACCCUACUCUGCCAAUGAUAGCCACCGCUGGCAUCGAGAGAAUGAUCCGCCUUCACUAUGCCACACCUAUGUCCAUGGAACAUACCCGCAACGAUUAUGCUCAAGUUCGUCCUCGCACACGCACACGCAGUUCUACCAUUGAUAUGGCGGCAGUGGCACGUGCUAUGCGUCGACAUGUGCCGUCUCAUGCUGUGUCAGAUAGCGACGCGGAGGAGGAGAACAUACCCUCUCGCUCAUCAUCCGCGCAAGAUACCACUACCUCCUCGGCUGAGCCUACCGCUGCUGAAUUGGCUGAUCAAGAAACGAUCGCACUUUUCGAUCAACUGCUCGAGGACGAAGAAGGCCGCACGCUCUUUGUCCCCUACGAGUUUCAUCUAUCCGAUUCUAGUGAUACUGACUCCAUUGAUACGGUGGCGAUCGACUCCAUGUGGGCGACGCCGUCGCCCUCCUCCUCUUCCUCCUCGGCGAGCGUAACCUCGGGCGUGGAGGCGUAG